CCUCGUAGGGGCACCACUCAUGCUGCCAGCCCAGCCGCUCGAAUUGAUAGCUUGGCAGCCAAAGUGCUGAAAACAGAGCCCAUGUGACAGCCAAAGUUGAGCAUUGCUCUAGCUGUUUAUUCAUGAGGACUGUGGUCCUGGCGCUUUCCCUGUUUCUGGCUAUGCCAGAGGCUUCUGAAAUGCUUGCUGGUAUAGUUCGCCAGCAUGGUGGAACAGAUGCCGUAGAGGUUGUGAAGCAGCCUCUGCCAAAACCUGGACCUGGCGAAGCUCGAGUGCGGAUUGCCUUUGCCGGUGUGAACUUCAUUGACAUCUACUUGCGUGAGGGGGCCUACUCGUCGUCCCCUCCUUACAUACCCGGACUUGAAGGUGCUGGAGUGGUUGAAAGUACAGGUCCUGGGGCCGAAGUUUGGCUUGGACGCCGUGUGGCCUUCGUGCACAAAGGGGCCGGUGCCUAUUCUGAAUUCGCAGUGGUCCCGGUCACGCGGUUGGUGCCACUAGGAAAUGACGUUCAGCUUCAAGAUGCAGCAGCGGUGAUGCUACAGGGCCUGACGGCGCAAUACCUGUUGGAUGGCACCGUGCGCCUGGAGCGCAAUGACACGGUGUUGGUUCAUGCCGCAGCAGGUGGCACUGGGCGGUUAAUAGUGCAGGUUGCAAAGCUUCGUGGUUUGAAAGUCAUCGCAACGGUCUCCACAAAGGCAAAGGCAGCUGUCGCAACUGCUGCAGGGGCCGACAAGGUCAUUGUGAGUGACUACAGUGACUUUGCCACAGAAGUACUCCAGCAUACUCAGAACCGUGGAGUUGCUGCAAUUUUCGAUGGUGUUGGGAACCGGACCUUUUUGCAAGGCUUUCGCUGCCUGCGCCCUCGCGGGGGUAUGGUUCUUUUUGGGGCUUCCAGCGGCUUUCCACCGAGUGUGGAUCUGUCAGUGUUGGCAGGCUCCAAGUUCCUUGUGAGACCAAGCCUUUUCGACUUCAUAGCUGAGGAGUCAGAGUUGAGAACACGGGCAGCUGCUAUCAUGGACUGGCUGCAGGCCGAACAGCUCAACCUGCAAAUGACCGUGCUCCCACUGGCAGAUGCUGCUUGCAAAAACUGGCAUGCCUCACAGUUUGAUAAGUGCCGAAGCGCUGCGCCAACUACAAUCAAGGGAAAGUACUGGCAAGCUUCUCCUCAAAGUUGGGCCUGUGGAGGCCUCUGCUGAGCUUUAGCCACAACCGUUCAAAGACGAAGCGUCCAGCCGGCAAAGCCGAGC